AUGGUGAAAUCUGAACUCGACACACGCGGCGAGCAAGUCGACAGCGAUGACGAUAAUAAUGGAGUUGAUGGCACAGAAUCAAUCAGAACGUCCACACCAUCAGACUCAACUCUCCAACCUAUCUACGAAAACGGACGCAGAUACUGCAACGAAAUAUACUUCAUGCCAAAUGACGAGCCCGAGCAAACCCGACUCAGUAUCGUCCAUCAAGCAUUUCUGAUCUUGCUAGAUGGCGAAUUGACGAAAGCACCCCUGCCACCAGAAGGACCUGGUCGUGUGUUGGACGUAGGUACUGGACCAGGGGAUUGGGCCGUCGAAAUGGGACAGCGAUAUCCAAACACAGAGAUUAUCGCCACGGACAUUAGCGUCUUUGAUGGAGGUCCUGCGAUCAUUAGUCUUCCCAACGUUCACUUCCAACUCGAUGAUGCCGAGGAUGAAUGGACAUAUCACAAGCCAUUCAACUAUAUCCAUUUCCGCGGCAUGUCAGGCGCAUUCAGAGAUUGGCGGGGAGUGUACGAGCAGGCAUUCAAGCACCUCCAACCAGGAGGAUACAUCGAAAUAGUGGAAAGUGAUCCAGCGGCCGAUAAUUUGAGGUUCGCAGUUCCAAACCCAGAUUCUUACUAUAAUAUCUUCGUCUCUGCUAUGCGGAAUGCUGCCGAUUCCUUGGGGUAUCCGCGUGGUAGGGAGCAUUUGGAGCGCUCGUUAUUAACGUCCAUUGGGUUCGUGGAUGUCAAUGUUCAGGAUGUAAUUGUUCCGGUGGGAGUAUGGCCGCGAGAUUUUCGGCAAAGUACGUUGGGCAAGAUGGUUCUUAUUGCAUGUCUGGAGGGACUUGAGGCGAGGAGUCUGCGGUCACUGACCGCCACUGGAAAAUGGAAAGUGGAUGAAGUACGGGAUCUAUGCGAGAAGGUGAAGCAGGAGUUAAUGACAUCUGAGGGCUUGACUAUCUCUGUGCGAUUUGUGACGGCGCGGAAACCGGAGAAUUCAUGA